AUGACGCUAUUCAGCAAGACGGUCGCAGAGCGCACAAAGCCAGGCCAACGACAAGACGUCGAGGAGCAAGACUACACAUUCCACGCCUACGGUCGCACCGAAGGAAUAUGCGGAAUAAUAAUCAGCGACCACGCUUAUCCAGCCCUCGUAGCGCAUCAACUGCUCUCCAAAGUCGUCGACGAGUUCCUUACUUCCCACCCACGCUCCGAAUGGGCCACCUCAAACCCGACUCUCCCAUUCCCGGAGCUGAAAGAUUAUAUCGUGAAGUAUCAGGAUCCGCAUCAGGCGGAUAGCAUCAUGAAGAUUCAGAAGGAACUUGACGAGACGAAGAUUGUGCUGCAUAAGACGAUUGAGAGUGUGUUGGAGAGAGGCACGAAGAUUGAUGAUCUUGUGGCGAAGAGUGACGGGCUGAGCACGCAGAGUAAGAUGUUUUACAGUGAGUACUCCCCUUUCUUGUCGGGUUUAAUUACGUGGAAGAUGGGUAUCCUGUGGGCUUGA